AUGCAUUCAUGUGAUGGAAAAUUGAAUGAUAUUGGUCAGAUAGUAUCAGAGUUUAGUGAUAACGCAAAUAUCAGUCCAUUGUCAAUAUUUACCACUGUUCCAAAUAGUUCUAUUCUAUCAUCGAGAACUAAUGUAUCUCGUCUACCUAGUCUCACAAUACCCAGUCAGUUAACUAUCGAUAAUAACAAUAAUAUUCACCACCAGCAACAGCAAUAUCAUCAUUAUAAUAAUAACAAUCAUAGAACUUCUAAAUUUGCUCUUGUACCAUCAGUUGGUACAAACGGUUCAAGUUUUUUCAUUAUGAUGGCAACAGAAGAUGUAUCCUCGUUAUCGGAACAAUUGACAGAUAACCAAUUUUCCACACCACAACAACAAGAAGAAGUACAACAUGUUGGACAAGAAAAACGACGCGCUACACAUAAUGAAGUGGAAAGACGACGAAGAGAUAGAAUAAAUCAGUAUAUUCAACAAUUAAUUAAACUAAUACCAGAUUGUAGUGCGUAUGUUAAAAGUCAGAGUAAUGUUCUUGAAAAAACAAUACAAUAUAUUCAUGAAUUAUGUACAGCCAAUCAGACCUUAGCCAAACAAGGUCUGGAUGCUGAUCGAAGCUUACAAGAAAAUGAUUCAUUAAAAGAGAGAAUUCGUUUACUUGAAGAUGAAAAUGAUAUAUUAAAAUCAUUAUUAACAGAACAAAGUCAUUUAUGUGAACAUACUGAAUCAAAUAUGCGAUUAUAA